AUGUCUCGUCUCUGGUAUGGGAAGAAGGGAAGAAAGCACCAGCCAGUUAAUCAUAAAUACGCUCUGGUAGUGUCAGUGGCUGAGUACCACCGCAGGAUCGAUGCUCUAAAUAGCGAAGAACUGCGCACACUCUGCAGACGUCUCCAGAUAACAACAAGAGAAGAUACCAAUUCAAAACAGGCAACAACUAUCAAAACAGACCUGGAGCCUGAAGCAUUCCGGCCAAAUCUUAGCGAUCCCAGUGAUUUACUACAGCCAGAACAAAUUGAGAAGCUCACAAAGUCUCUUCCACCACGGACUAUUGGAUAUCCAUGGACUCUAGUCUACAGUACUGCAAAGCAUGGCAUGAGCUUGAAGACUUUGUACAGAACUAUGCUGGGUUUAGACACACCUGUGCUGUUGGUUAUCAAGGACAGCGAUGGACAGGUUUUUGGUGCACUAGCAUCUGAACCAUUUAAAGUGAGUGAUGGCUUUUAUGGCACUGGGGAGACCUUUAUGUUCACUUUUUCUCCAGAUUUUGAGGUUUUCAAAUGGACAGGAGACAACAUGUUCUUCAUUAAAGGAGACAUGGACUCCCUUGCUUUUGGUGGAGGAGGAGGGGAGUUUGCUCUUUGGCUGGAUGGUGAUCUCUACCAUGGAAGAAGUCACUCAUGUAAAACAUUUGGGAAUCAUACGCUUUCGAAGCGAGAAGACUUCAUUAUUCAAGACAUAGAAAUUUGGGCUUUUGAAUGAGUAUUUAACUAUUUCUACAGGGUGUUGUCCCAAACCUGACAUGAAUCAGCGUGCAGCUCAAAAAUCCCUAGGAGCAAUAUAAUGCAUCGUUUUACCUUUUUGAUUUUUUUCCUAAGUUUUCAGCGUGGCCAUGUAGUUGUUGUUUUGAAAUAUCAGACUUUUUUUUU